AUGGCUGAUCCCGCAAAGACGAAUAUGGUUCGCUUUGAGCAACUCGAAGAAGCUGUGUUGGAAUUGCGCCGCGGCAUGCAAGCUAUGCAAGAGACGAGUGUGACCACCCAAACUCUUCUUCAAGAGUUGGCCUCCCGCUCUUCUAGUCGGGAUUCGGAUCGUCGCCGCAAGGCUUCGAAACGACAUCUGCCCAAGGAUAGUCCACCAUCAUCACCACAUUCUACCAGCUCCAAGAGUUCCGGCACGAAUGCAUCUGCUGAAAGCGAGAACGAUGGUUCUCGUUCCUCUCUAGCAUCUGAUACGGAAACCGAUGAGGGUCGCACCACAGCUACAGACAAGAAUUUAUGCAUGCAUUCUCACGAAAUUCAGGGCAAAAAGAAAGUGACGCUCGCUGCCUACCAUCUUGAGGGCAAAGCCAACCAAUGGUGGCAAUGGUACAACCGUUCUCAUGACGGAAAGACCAUCUCCUGGCACAAAUUUGAGAAGGGAAUCUUGUGCCGUUUUGGACCAACAGAUUUCAAAGACUAUGACGAGGCGCUUAGCAAGAUUAAACAGAGGGGCACCUUUCGGGAGUAUCAACAGGAAUUUGAGAAGCUGGCUAACCGAGUGACUGGUUGGCCAAAGAAAGCAUUAUUAGGUGCUUUUAUGGGAGGAUUAAAGGAAGAUAUUGCGAUUGAGGUUUGUAUGUUUCGGCCUAAGGGACUGAAGAAUGCUAUAGACCUGGCCAAACGCCAGGAUGAGAAGCUACAGAGGGGCUGCAAGCCAUCUGGCAGUGUUUCUUCCAACACUCGCCUUAUGGGCACUGCUAUUCCCACCAACACCACUACUCCGCUACUCACUACCAAGCCUGCACCCAUGAAUGCAAUGAAACAUUUACCAUUUGACGAGAUGCGACUUCGACCUAAAAGUCCAUUUGAUGUAAAAAAGGAUGAUGAAGAAGAAUUGCCGCCUACGGAUAUACCAACAGACCCACUUAUUUCACUCCAUGCAUUGUCAGGGAGUAUUGGCAAUCUUACACCUAUCACUCCAUUUUACGUCCGAGUUGCUAGUGGGGAGAAACUCGCUUGUCAAGCUAAGUAUGAGAAGGUACCUAUUUGCAUCCAAGGAUUUUUCUUCGAGACGACACUAUUUGCCUUACCAAUUCGAGGCCUGGACCUUGUUCUGGGCUAUCAGUGGCUUGAAGGAUUGGGUUGUGUGGUACAUGAUUAUGCUCGUCGCUCUAUGGAAUUUGCUAUUGGCAAUCGAAAAUUUAUAAUUCAGGCCGAACCCAUGGGUCCCUCUAUGGUUUUAGACGUUAAUGCACUGCUGCUGGAAUGGAAGCACGGUGCUAAGCUAUUUUGCUUGGCUGUGAUUGAGAGUGAGCCAGCACUUCCAGUGGAUUCCACUCCAAAUUUGAAUCCAGAAAUUCAUGCUAUUUUAUUGGAGCACCAGCAGGUAUUGAACACUCCACAGGAAUUGCCACCCUCGCGAACGUUUGACCAUCGCAUCUUGCUGAAAAAUGAAGCUGCACCCGUCAAUGUAGUACCAUAUCGGUAUGCCCACUUUCAGAAAAAUGAAAUUGAACGCCAAGUGGAGGAGAUGCUAUCUACGGGCUUGAUCUGUCCCAGUACUAGCCCCUUUUCGUUCCCCGUCCUGUUGGUUAAAAAAAAAGAUGGAACUUGGCGCUUUUGCACUAACUAUCGAGCCUUGAAUAAGGCGACUAUCAAAGACCGUUUCCCAAUUCCCACUAAUGAGGAUAUGCUAGAUGAGUUAUUUGGCACGACUUAUUUUUCUAAACUAGAUCUCCGAGCGGGCUACCAUCAAAUUCGGGUUCAGCCGGACGAUGUCCAUAAAACGGCUUUUCGCACCCAUCAUGGUCACUUUGAAUAUUUGGUGAUGCCAUUUGGGUUUUGCAAUGCGCCUUUGACUUUUCAAGCCGCCAUGAAUUCAAUUUUUAAGGUUCAUUUACGGCAUUUUAUUCUUGCAUUUUUUUAUGAUAUUUUGAUUUACAGUAAAACUUGGCCUGAUCAUUUACGUCAACUUCGGACUACUCUUGGAAUAUUGGUCAAGCAUUUCUUUUACAUCAAACCUUCCAAGUGUAUUUUUGGCCAACAGGAGGUAGAAUACCUCAGUCACAUUAUUACACCAGUAGGUGUAACGGUGGACUCUCGCAAGAUUGAUGCUAUGCUCCGCUGGCCUCCGCCCAAAAAUAUUACUGCACUACGGGGAUUUCUCGGUCUCAUAGGAUACUACCGAAAAUUUGUGCGAAACUAUGGUCUCCUCGCAAGACCAUUGACCCAGUUAUUACGGAAAGGGCAGUUCGCAUGGAGUGAAGAGGCUGACUGUGCCUUUGCUUCCUUGAAGACCGCCAUGACAACUACCCCUAUUUUGGCACUUCCUAAUUUCUCGAAAGACUUCAUGAUCGAAACGGAUGCUUCUGGUUUAGGCAUGGGUGCAAUGCUUUCCCAAAAUGAUCGGCCAAUUGCUUUCCUUAGUAAGGCCAUCGAACUAGCAAAGAAAUCUUGGUCCACCUAUGAAAUCUUGGUGACCUUACUUACUGGGCAGACGGUUCAAAAUUUGUACAAACCAAAAAAGUCUUCGUCAUCUCCUAGAACAACUGGUUUAAAUUAUGAGUUGGUUGCCAUCUCUGGACCGAUAUGGGAGAUUUGGGAUGACUUACGGAAGGCUACAAAAGAAGACGCCAUUUUGGGCCCUUUGGAACGUCAACUACAGGCAGACCCCCUCUCUGUUGCGGGUCAUAAUCUGAAAAAUGGGUGCAUCAUGCGAGAAGGUCAUAUCCUUGUUCCUGAGGUUCUGGCCAUUAAAGAAGCUUUAUUACAUGAAUUUCAUAACAGUACUGUGGGUGGGCACUCAGGCAUUCUUCGUACGUACAAGCGGCUUCUUUGCUUUUUCACUGGCGAGGCAUGA